AAAAUACGUGUGUGUGUGUGUGUUAUCGUUUGAAGUAGUCCCACAAUGCAGAGUCCAGGCUGUCCAGGGCAAUCAGGACAGUAAUAUACAGACUCUGCAUCUUUUUUGGGGAUUCUGCUUUGCUGCGUUAGGGGGGGUUUUAAAAAUAAAAUGUGUAGCCCCAACUCUGCUCUUUCCCAUCACCACCUGGGCAGGUGCAUCACGGUACAAAAUCCCCAAAAUGAUCUGGAGCUGAAACUGUAAAAAAAAAAAAAAAAUCACUUGCAUUCUGGGGUUUGCUUUUUUGCACAACAAAAAAGCGUUGUGGGUUGCAAUAUGCAUUAAGUAGAUUGCAACUUUUCUGCACCAGGCCCUUGUCUUCCAUAUAAUUAGAUAGGGCUGCAGCAGCUGAUCUGCCAGAUCAACCCCACCCAUAUGCUGGCUAUAGGCAUUGAUGCACACUGGCUUCCUGUGUUCUGUAGUCCUCUGUGUGGAUGGUGGUAAGAAGGUACACAUCCUUCUUGUCUCUCUACUUAACUUCCAACAGCUCCUCUUGGCACAGAGCUGAGUUGUCCUGGAAAACCUGCGCGGUUCUUUUUUAUUGUACCGCAAGUUACUGUAUCAAAACAAUACAGUAGCUUGAACAAAGGGACACUUGUAUAAAAAUUGUCUGUAUACAAGUGGUACUCUUUGUUCAUCAGGGGGAAUAUCAGGUCACAGACAAUCUUGCCACUGGUUCCCAUAUGUUCUGGGCAACCUAGAGGGUCAAGGUGGUUAUCCUUUCCCUUGUACACCCAGAAGGUCUAAGUAUACCCAGUCUCGCUAUCACAGAGCUUAUACACCUUUACACCAUACCUGGAGUGCUUGGAAGGAAUAUACUGCUUGAAUCCCAGCCUUCCCUUAUUCUUCAUCAUGGAUUCAUCCACGCAUAUUCCAGGUAUAUAAGCCUCUGCAAACCUGGCAGCGAAGUGGGUAAUCAGGGGGUGGAUUUUAUACAGCCUGUCAAACUGGGGAUGCUCCCUAGGGGGGCACAUGCUGUUGUUGCUGAAAUGCAUGAAAUGUAGAAUCAUUUCAUACCUCUUCCUUGACAUACAGUAAAUGGGGAUGGAGCAGAUGGGGCUACUGCCCCAGUAGGAGCAGAUGGAGGGCUUCUUUAGUCAAUGCCCAAAUUUUUUUUUAAUUCUGGCACAUUGAUGGGGGCUCAUUGCUGCUUUGUCAAAAAAGACUCAGGAUUAGAAGCACGGAAAUGAUGGGCAUAUAAAUUAGUUUGAGCGACAAUGUUCCCCAAUACAUCAUCGCCCAGAAACACCUCCAUAACCUGAUGAGGGCUAAAUCCUGCGACAUUCACAUUGAAGCCAGGAUUUGCAGUGAAGGGUGGGAUAUCUGGCCUCUGGCGAUUGAGGCACUAUCCACUCCUCAGCAGUACUGCCAGCUUGAGCAGAACAUCUCCUUCUGGCAGUAGGACUAGCAGCCACAUAUACAUCAUAACUAGAUACAUCACUAGCAGCAGACACUGUAUCUAGUUAUGUAUCUGAGCACCUGGCAGGGUCAGAGUCAGACAUAGACGCAUCAGACUCUAAUGCAAGGAUGGCAUAUGCCUCCUCCGCGCUAUACGACCUUUGUGACAUGAUCACAAUUAUUUUAUUUAGUGAUCUGUCCCAAAAAAAAAAACUAACCCCUACAAAAAUGCACAGACCGCAAAGUAAGUGCUGCUGUGCAAGAGCCAGUGAUCUAUACAGUGAUCACUGGCAGGAUAGAGGUUAAUAGCUCUGAAAAGAGCCUUUGAGUUUUACAAAUCCCUACCUAAAUCUCUGUUCCUAAAACACAGAUCUCUCUCACUAAGUGAAGAGCGGGAGGGAGGGUGAUCCAUACUGAUCAUUUACGAAUAUUGGCCUGAUCAGACAAAUGGGGAUGAUAGUUAGAAUAAAAUUGUUAUAGGGGCAAGCUCUGAUUGGAUGACCCUAGCCUGCAUCUAUAAUGAGGCAGGCUAGGAACACCCCCAGAAGCCCCAUGAUGCACUGCCUGAUGGCUUCCGAUGCUCUGCUUUACUGCUGGGCACCACGUGGAGCAACACGGAAAUGAUCGCUCCAAGGGGAGAGUUUACUCUGGUAUCCGGCAGUAAGGAGAGAUAUUGCCAGAUGACUCAAUAUCAAAGCAUCGCUGCAAUACCAUCAGAGCGGCUGGAAGCGAUCAUGAUCGCUUACAUCGCUCAAAUUUGCAGCUGACAUAUUCGGUACGUCCGCUGUCCUUAAGGACCGUUUUAUGUCGGACGUACCUGAUACGUCCGUGGUCGGGAAGGGCUUAAUUAGGUUUCAACCAAGUGUGUUUUACCAUUUGUAUUAGUAUGAAAGUUGGUAUAAUACAAGGAAAGUCUGAAGUUGCCCACUUUCUGCUUUUCUGUCUAGUACUCCUGUGGUGUGGUGGAGGUUAUUUAUUACAUCUGAGGUCCUCUACUAUCUCAACCAUUAGGAAGUUCUAUAUUCAUUCCUAUGUCCUCUAUAUGUGAGUGUUAAUGGAGCGAAUGGAUGUGUAGUUGCUUGCCUUGCUCAGGUUAAAGAAUGGAACAGGUGUUAACCUAGUAUUUAUAUUGAUUGGGAAUAAGGGCAUAUCCAGGAAACUGUAUCUACACUGAGUUGGACCUAUAUUGAAAAAUGCUAAAAAAAUGUUCCUUUUGUUCCCUGUUUAUAUGCAGCUUGCAAGCAGAAGCCUGAGACAUCAGAUAAAACCCACAGUCACCAUGAAACUUCACAUGAAGCAAAACGAAGAUCUCACAACUAAAGUAUUACAGACUGAUCCUGCCACAUUACUCCACCUCAUCCGAGAACUGGAACAAGCUCUAGCAGAAAUGAAAACCAAUCACUGCCGGCGCAUAGUGCGCAACAUUAAAUAAAUAUGUGGUGGUUAUAUGUCCUUGUUAAAGGCUGUUACACUUGGUUAAUCGUCUGCAUUUUCAGAUUGAUUGUCAGACAAGAAAGUGUUGACUUGUGCAAGCCGGCUGGUGUAAACUGUAAAGCCCAAUAACAGGGGCUUAAUGAAAUCUUGCCGCAAACACACUGUAAAAUAAUAAUUAUUUUUUAACACUGCAUUACAAAGGUGUCGAUCAGAUUAUGCCGUACCCUUGGAAUCACUGGUUCUUCUGUUUUCCAAAAUAUGUCCAAAGUCUUAAUGCACUCUAGAACCAACGAAAUUGUGAAAUCCUAUUGACUUUUAAAUCUUAACACCCGCUUUUGUAGUGUAGUUCUGGUUUUGACAUACGCAAAGAACAUGUCUGCUAAGUAUGUCCACCUAGCUCCUAAAUUCUACAAAUAAUUAUUUUGGAGCAGUGGACCAAUAGAUCAAGGACAAGGUGAAUAGUUUUACAGAUCAAUAAACCAUUUACAUAGGACAAACCAGGCACUUAAAUUAGUUUUAUGUUACCUCUUGGAUUCAUAACUGAAUGCAUAUAAAGUAUUUGUUCUUUAUAAUAUUCUUUUGAAAUAUAUGUGAAUAAAGGUACAUUCCAGGAAUAUACAUUUCAAUUUUUCUUACAGGAUUAUUCACUAAAGUGAGAAUUGAAAAUGAAUUUUACCUUAAAUUUGAAAUUCAUUACGAAUUCUUACUUUAGUAAAUAGCCCUGUUACAGUUGCUAACCGUUUUUGUAUUGUUUUCUGCUGAUUAAGCUGUGCUUACUUUGUCCUUUGGUCUGUCCUUUUACUCCCUGCUAAUACCUUUCUUGUUCACUGUAAGAAAGUAGCCAUUGACAUAAACAAAAGUAUACGAUUAGAGGGAACGUUGUGCAGGAAUAUAAAACAAAACAAUGAUCAGACUAGAAGAAUAACUACAAUCUUUUAUGUUUUGAACUAAACUUUUGAAUUAAACUAAAUGAGCCACAAUCAAGCUGCCAACUCGUAAAAUAUUCCUUCUGAUACAUGAUUUGAACCACUCACCACUACAAUGAAAAAUGUUACUACUCUGGUGCAAGAUCUAAAAUGAUGGCAAGUCCGUACUGAAGGAAUUAGAAGGGAUUAGAAAAAACAAAACAAUAAUCUUUUCUUCUGCAAAAGAAGUAAAUAACGUGUAAUAAUGGGGUACUAACCGUAAGGAUAUAGUUGUUGGAACAUUAACCUCUACGUCUGUUUAUGAUUUCACAGAAUAUAAUUUGAUACAUAGGAAGAUGAUUGACAUACAAAAGUUUGCCAAAGUUUAAAUUAAUGGGAAUUAAAAGCAAAUUUUACAUUUUCGGCCAAAAUACUUUAACUUAAGUAAUAUGAAAUUUGCUAUUGUGGCCUAAAAUUUUAAAUUCAAAUUCUCAAGAAUUUACACUUUAGUCAGUAACUCUGGGGGUGCAUUCAGUAAAUGACCGAAUUGUAGUCAAAUGGAAAAAACGAACGUCUAAAAUAGACUACCUAUAACUAUAGAUGAGUUAAAGUUCUUCCCAAAACAGUGCUUUAUCACUGAACCGUUCAGAAUUCACUGCAAUUUUGUGUUUAGUGAAUAAGCCCUCUAUGGCUUAACUAUACCAGAGGCUGAAUGUAUGUAUUCGGUUACUAUAAGAUGCAUACUUUUGUAUUUGGAUAAUGGUGCUCUCUGUCAAUUAGUUUGUUAAAUUUAAAAAUAACAUUUUUCAAAAUAAAAUGAAUAAUCCCUCA